CUUAUUAUCAUGUCUUCUACCAUCGCCAUCAUCUUCUCUCCAUACCAUGUUGGCCUCCGCGACCACCGCGUAGGCAAUGGCCCCCAUCGAAUCCGAUCACUCGGCAUCGUCAAAGAACUCGAAGCACUCGGUCUGACAGUCAACAUCCACGAAAUCAAACCGGUCGAUGAUUUUGAAGGAGAGAUCGGUCGCAGUUUUGAAAUCCUGCGUCGUACAUCCACAGCUGUCAGUGAUGCAGUUGCCAACAAUUCCUUCCCGCUCAUCCUGUCUGGAAACUGUAUGGCCAGUGUUGGUGUCGCGUGUGGAUUGAAAAUCAAAGAUCUGGGGUUCAUUUACUUUGACGCUCAUGAUGAUCUUGACUCGCCAGAUGUUAAUGAGAAUGGCUACUUUGAUGGUAUGGGAUUGUCCAUGCUGCGUGGUGAAAGUUGGAAGACGUUGAUGAAGACUGUGCCUGGUUUUGAGCCAUUCGACUAUAAUCGCUUUAUCUAUUGUGGACUACGUGAUCAAUCAGAUGUCCAACGACGGCGCGUUAUCGAUGCUGGUAUGCAAUCAAUCUGGGGAGAAACAUCGAGAAAGGUCGAUUUUGCCGCGGAACUCAAUGCACAGCUUGGAGAGAAAUCAUACAGUCCGGCUCUCGUGCACCUGGACUUGGAUGUUCUGGAUGAUUCCUAUGGCAAGGUCAAUGACUAUCCGUCGCCUGGGGGGAUGCUUGAGGAUGAUUUAAUUGCGUGUAUGGAUUUGGUGCCGAAGAAGAGUGUGCCCAAGUCGCUUACUGUGUGUUCGUUUGAUCCCAAUGCGGGAGAUGGAGAUAGAAUUGCUGGGAUCGGGAUUCGUGCUAUUAUUACAUUUGUCAAGUCUUUGGUAGAGAGUGGUGUGUUGAAGGCGCACUAGAUCGAUAUUAUAUUCCUAUAUAUGAGAAAAUUACUAUUCCAUCAUUGCGGCUUCACUUUGGAUAGGAAAUUGUACAGUGACAUGUGCUCGACGCAAAUGUAUAUACCCACGAAGUACAACUUCACACCAACACAGCCG